UUUCUCUUUCUCAUCGAGUAAGCCAUGUUGCUAAAAAGUAGCCCGUUUUUAUGUCCAGCAUCUUGUGACAAAUCCAUGAUUUCAUUGUUAUGUAAUGAUGUAAGGAAUGUCCAGCUCAAAAGUAGAAUAGAUUGCCAAAAUAGUAAGAUUAGUGCAGCAGGUAUUAAUAGUUUUGAAGGUAUUGAUAAAGAAUUAGAGAUGCCAUUGACAGUGGAAUCUGGCAUGGGAAUUGGAAUAACCAAUUAUUUUCAAGGAAAGAAUAUUUUUCUUACCGGUGCAACUGGCCUUCUAGGAAAAGUCCUUGUGGAGAAGAUGCUGAGGUCAACUCCAAUAGGCAAAAUCUACGUUCUAGUAAAAGCGGAUGAUCCUGAAGCAGCAAUAGAUAGAGUGCAGAAAGAACUUAUAAACUCGGAUCUAUUUGAAAGUAUUCAAGAAAUACAUGGAAAAGAUUACCAAGAAUUUAUGAAGGAGAAGCUUGUAGCAGUUGUUGGUAAUAUAUAUGAGCCAAACUUAGGCAUGGAUUCUGAUUCAGCUCGAGCAAUUAUGGAAGACGUAAACGUGAUUAUUCAAUCUGCAGCAGUUACAACCGUGAAUGAAAGGUACGAUGUGUUGCUUGAUGCUAAUGUGAAUGGACCUCAAAUACUAAUGAGGUUCGCUAAGACAUGCAAGAACCUUGAGCUCCUCGUCCAUGUUUCCACGGUGUAUGUGAAUGGUGAGAAAGAAGGGUUAGUCUUAGAGAAGCCACUAAUUAUUGGAGAGAAUCGAAGAAAUGACAAUGGAGAAAUUGGCCCAACUUCAUUUCCACCACUUGAUAUCGGUGAUGAAUUAAAUUUGGUAUUGAGAUCACGCACAGCUGCAUCAAACUUUGAUACGACCAAAGAUAUGAAAAGGCUGGGAAUGGAAAGAGCAAGAUUGUAUGGAUGGUACAAUGCUUAUCACUUGACCAAAGCAAUGGCAGAAAUGGUAAUUCAUGAAACAAGAGGAGAUAUACCAGUGCUCAUCAUUAGGCCAUCUCUUAUAGAAAGUUGCUAUAGAGAACCUUAUCCUGGUUGGAUACAAGGGAAUAGGAUGCUUGAUCCGUUGAUUAUUUCAUAUGGGAAAGGACAGCUUCCUGCGUUUCUAUGCAAACCUGAUACACCCUUGGAUGUUAUUCCAUUAGACUUGGUGGUGAACACAAUGAUUGCAGCUAUCGCUAAGCAUGGAUAUACGAGAAAAUCAGAAUUGAACGUCUACCAAUUGGCUUCUAGUUUGGUCAACCCGUUGCGAUUCUCAGAUUUUUUUGAAUAUAUUGGUGAUUAUUUCAGCUCAGAUCCUCUAAUAGAGUCUGAAAGUUUUAUUCGAAUGAAUUACUACGAUAAUGUUACCAAUAUCAAAUAUGUCGACAAUGUCGAUGAUUUUUCCAAGUAUACAAGAGAGGAAAUAUUUGCACGCUUUGGGAGUAGUGGUGAUGACCUCAGACUACACAAGCAAUGUAAAGCAAAAGUUGCAUAUGCUGACCACUUAUGCAAGGUAUAUGGAUUUUUGGGAUUCUUCAACGCAAGGUUCCAUGUUGGCAACACGCACAAUUUAUUGUCUGAAAUGUCGGAAGAGGAGAAGAUGAGCUUUCCAAUUGAUGUAAGAGAAAUAAAUUGGAGGAAAUAUUUUCAAGAAAUCCAUAUCCCCGGUUUGAGAAAACACGUGCUCAACGACAAAAGAAUACCAUCUCUCUAAGCAAAAAAGUCCUUACUUAUUAUUAUUAUUAUUAUUAUUUGAAACAAUGCUUUUAUUAAUGAAGUUGUAAUGUUGAAUUUCUUUUUAUUUUUACUUUUUGAAUCAUUAGUUAGGGGAUGUUGCAUUGCUUUCCUUGUGUGAUUAAUUUCCUGUAUUAGUUGAGGACAUUUAUUGUAUUUGUUUUAAUUUAUGUUUUAAUUAAACUAAA